AUGUCCACCCCAAAUGAUAUCCAAGCUCUCCUGGCGAGUAUAAGGCCUCGUCCCUCGCCGUCGAGCACGCCGGCGCAGGAUCCCGGCAUGGCCCAGUAUUCCCAGCAUUACCCGCACGGAUACCGGCCCCAGCAGCCGCCUUACGACGGCCAGAGCUACGCUCAUCCCCAUCUCCACCAACCGGCCUAUCGCCAUCCGUCCGUUUCUUCGACUUUGCAUAGUCCGUCUCCCGUUAACCUUCCGCCCCGUCACGGAUCAGACAUUCUUAGUCCUAAUGUCGUCACUCCGGGCGAAGCGUUUCCGCAACACCAGCCUCAGCCUCAGAACCCUGACCGUUCUGUCAAUCUGCUGAAUCUGCUUAAGUUCAACCAGCCGAGCGCCAGCCCUGCCCAGCAGCAGGUUCCUGCGGGCAUGGAACAGGCUGUUCACACACAUCCAUCGGCACCGGGUGUGGAAAAUGCUCCGAGAUCUCACUCUAGGAACAUUUCUGCGUCGGACUUGGUUGCUCAGCUCUUCGGCAAACAGGGCCAGGCCGCUCCUGCUCCGCAAACCCAGUCGUUGUCUCAGGCUCCGCCCGUUACAGAGAGUCCCUUUACCGCUGAGGCAAGCGCUCAGAAACCACAGGAUGUGUUACUACGCCUGCUCAAUCGGCCCAAAUCUGGCCAAGAAUUGUCCGAGGCUCGUCAGACUUCUAGUUCCAUCUCCUCUCAGAGGAACACUUUUGAGUCCGACUUUGGCGGCUUCACACCCUCAACGCACGGCGCUGUGGAAUCCACGGGCCUGGCAUCUGGGAAACCGGAUAAGCCAACUCCAAACGAGACUAUCUUCGCUACUGUGAACCCGUUUGAGCAGCUGGCGGCAGUUUCACGAAGCAGAACUCCUCAGCUCAAUUCUCGUGGCGAGAGCCCGGCUGUUGAGGUGACGAAGCAAGUCAAUGUCACUGCUGAGGUCGAGUCUCUCCCUGCUUCUCAGACUACCGAGCGCGGACGCCCGCAGCCGCCUCCGUUGAACGAAAAUCAAAAGGAAGCCGUUACCAAUGUGGUCGAUAGGCUUGUUCAGCAGAUCGUCAAGGACGUCGAUGAAUCUCUUGAGAAGGCGGCUCAGAAGAAUGAUUCGCCAGCGCCGGCAGGUUCCGAAGAUAAGGUCAAGGCUACUUUAGUGUCCACCGCUGCUGUUCAAAAUCCCACCGGCGAGACCGAGGUUUUGAAAGAGACCACCGAGGAAAUUGCCAAUACCGAAGACGCCCAGGAGAACUCCAACGGCGCCGGAGAGGCAUUGGCGGAUAGCUGGGAGAGCGCUGAAGAUAGUGCUGAAAAGGACGAGGAGCGCAUCGUUCCUGUACACAACUUCCCCUUGAAGCCAUUCAUUACCAUUGUUGUCAAGCCUUAUGCUGGAAAGCUUCCGGCUCUGCGCGAUGAUGGGAUUAUGGAUAUUGCUCGUUUGAAGAAGGAAUUUGACCAACUAGAUCGUUCUUUGACCUCGGCUACCCCGGACUACAUAGUCUACGCCCUUGCCAAGAAUGGAGGUAUGCGUAUCAUCCGCCAAGAGGAUGGUAGCGACAAGCAAGUCCUCCGAUCUACUCGUGAUCGUGUGUUCAAUGUUUCCGUAUGCACAUCGCAGCCGGUCGGUGGCUCUUCUGACGACCAAGCUAUCCUGGGUAUCGGCGUCAGCGGUGCUGUGUACUGGGUUUUGAUCUCUCGUGGAGAUAGAGAUCUUUUUGAGCAAGAUGCUUUGGAGAGCGAAAGCCUCAUCUUCCCCCCGUUCCCGGCUUCUGACGAGAACACCUCCGGCGGCCAGCUGAAAACGCGGGCUAAACGGAGCUCUUGCCACCCCGGGUUCUUCGCGAUCGGACGAGGCAAAAACAUCUAUGUGCUAUCUCCACAAGCUGCUGCAAACCCUGCUUAUGGUGUUUCCGGGAAUAACCGCACUGUCAACACGGAACAGUUCUUCAAGGAGCGUGCUCUAAAGAUCUCUACCGGAAAGGCCGGGAAAGACUUCACGUUCAGUGGCGAUGAUACUGUCAUUGCAUCUCUGGACAAGACCGGUCGCCUCCGCUUCUGGGAUAUUCGUGAGGUGGUCAACACCCCUGAUGCAGAGAUAACGGCCAAUGAGAUUCGCACUCCUCUGAGCACCUUUGUGACUGGCAGCCCUACGGAAAAAUCAUGGCCGACAUCUGUCCUCUUCCUCGAUAAGCUACGUCCCUAUGUUAAGUCGAUGGCUCUUCGCUAUGUUCUUGUUGGUCUGAAGCAGAAUCACACCUUGCAGCUCUGGGAUAUUGGGCUAGGCAAGGCUGUGCAGGAGCUCAAGUUCCCACAUGAGAACGAGUCGGACGCCAUCUGCAGCGUGGCUUACCACGCAUCGUCCGGUAUCCUCGUUGUCGGACAUCCUACGCGCAACUCAAUUUACUUUGUGCACCUAUCGGCGCCCAAGUACAGCCUGCAGUCCAUGUCGCAGGCGUCAUUCAUCAAGCGUGCCGCCGAGAAGGACAACAGCCUUCCUAAGCCCGAGUCCACCGCGUGUCUGAGUGGUAUCCGGGAGAUCUCUUUCGCUUCGAAAGGCCAACUUCGUAGCCUGGACCUUCUUCCCAUCGCAAAGGCAGCAGGUGAGGAUAGCGGCCUCUUCGAGCUUUACGUGAUGCAUUCCCGUGGUGUGACGUGCCUCAACAUCAAGAAAGAGGACCUCGGUUUAGGACAAGACAACAGGAUUAUUCGCCCUGUCAACUCCUUGGAAGAGGGCUUGAUUGAGAUCGCCGAUCUCCAAUCUUUCCCUCCUUAUAUGGCCGACGAUUUCUCCGUCAACGGCGAUUCUACAGGCACUCCCACGAAGGUCAUUCCUAAGGAGUUUGCUAAGGCGACAUCUGAGACCGCGCCGGAGAGUAACGGAGCUGCAAGCACCGGACCUAGUAUCCUGCGCACCCAAUCUCCCACGAAGGCUGCCCCCAAGAAGAAGGCUGACGAGCCUGUGGAAACGGCCUCUGCGGCCGCAUCCGAGAAGCCUGAUAAGAAGAAGAAAAAGAAGGCUGCAGUCACCGCAACUGAACCUAAGAAGGAGCCUGUCGUGGCCACUACUCAGGGUCCAUCAACCGUUGAACAGUUGAACGGUGAGGCUCUUGAAGCUCCGAAGGCUGCCGACUGGAAUAAGCACAUCGAGGCCCUGCAGGAGGGGGUCACCUCCGAAUUCAACAAGAGCCUCGGCCGCGAGCUAGAGGGUCUCUACGCCCGCUUCGACGAGGAACGACGCAGCUGGGAUGCCGCGUCUGCCUCCAAGCAAGACCAGGUCCUGCGAUUGGUGUCGAGCACGCUUUCCGACAAUGUCGAAAAGAACCUCACACGCAUUGUCACCCAUGCGAUCCAAUCCGACGUUGUCCCUGCGCUAGGCGACCUCACCUCUGCUGCCGUGAGCAAACAACUUAACACCGUUCUAUCUCAGCAGUCUGGGAACGUUAUCUCUCGCGAACUACGUCAGUCUCUGCCCGAUGCGGUCACCCGUGCCUUGCAACAGCCAGAGGUCAUGAAAGUUGUAUCGGACGCUGUGGGCCAGAAGCUGAGCGCUCAGGUGGAGAAUCAAAUAUCCAAGACUGUGCAUGACAGUCUUGCCCCUACGCUGAAGAACGUCGCCAUCCGGGCAGCCGAAAAGGUUGGAAGCGACAUGGAGAAGCGAAUGCAGGCUCAGGCAAAACAAUUCGAAGCUCAGCGCCAAGCCGAUGCGGCCAAGAUUGAUGAACUCACUUCUUUGGUCCGCGGACUUUCGGACACCGUCACUGCUAUGGCGACCGCUCAGACUGGAUUCCAAAACGAAUUUCUGCGCUUGAACCAAACUCUCGCUGCUCGCAAUGCGUCCGAAGGUAGACACGUCUCCGAGGGCCCAGGCAAUGUUUCGCCAACACCGCUCGCCGGCUCGGUCAGCCCCGAAAACAGGGAAGUUGCCGAAAUUACGGAGCUUAUACAACAAGGAAGGUUCGAGGAAGGUUCUGUCAAGUGGCUCCAAUCCGAGCAGCAGGCCGACCUAUUCGAUCGCCUUUUCGUCCACCUGGAACCUUCGUACUUGAACAGUGUCUCUCCCAUCGUGGCCCUGUCAGUCAGUGUUGCGGUCACCUCGUCGCUGCAGACAAACGUGGUGCAGCGUCUUGCCUGGCUAGAAGUCGUCCUUCAGACCGUUGACUUGAGGGAUACCGACAUCCAAGAUGUCGCGCCCAAGAUCAUGGACAUCCUUAUAUCCCGCCUCAACGAGCUCUACAUGACCGUCGCCAAAGAGGCGCCGGGCAACCCCAUCCUGCGCCGGAUCCCGCCUCUCGCCCGCAGAGCCACCGAACUCCGCGGUCAUUAG